AUGGCGCCUCCACGAGAUUCCUCUCCCGCAUCACGCGGUGGCUCGCCGGAGCCGUUGACACCGCGGUCCAAAAUAAGAGCUCUGCUGGCAACGGUGCAGAGCAGUGACGACGAAGCACCACAGACUGGCGGCAACAAGUCAAAAUCGUCUCUUGUUUCUCAAUUGCCUCGCAAGAUACACAGUAGCCCUCGAUCGGCACAAAAUGACGAUGAGUCUGACGAGUCGGACGUUGCCGUUCGACCGAGAGGGAAGCUCGCGUCACGGAUGCAGGGUGGUUCGGCAAAUACAAAGAGCGCUUCUCAGAGCCCUUCGGUCCCAGAGACGGCAAGAGAACGCGUGAGGAGGAUGCUGCAACGCGACCAGGCGGAACAGCAAGAGAAUUCGGCCCACGAUGACGACGACGACGAGCUUCCCACAGCUCCGAGGCGGUUGAAGCGUCGAGCUCCCAUUGAUGAUGAAUCUGAUGCUGCAGAGAGAGCUCCCCGGUCUCAUAGCCCCGGAUUGUUUGUCUCUUCUCCAAAGCGUCCUUCCCCAGCAAAAAGCCCUGCCGGGGGAGAGGAUUCGGAUAACGAUUUGCCACCGCUGAAAUCAGAUCGUUUCAAGGCUCUCGUCGAACGAAAGAGACAAGAACGUAUUGCACGCGAAGCCGCCGAGGAGGCCCGCAGGGCUGAGAAACGAGCUCAGCAAGAACAUCUUGCCUCCGAGCUGGAGCAGCUCGUUUCGGAUGAUGAUGUCGACGGCAUCACCGACGACGAAGGCGGCAGACGACUCACCCAAGAAGUUCGCCCAACAAGGAAAGCGAGCAAGAAGGCGAUUGAGGAAAUGAACCGGGAGACGCAGCGGAUGGCCAGAAGCAUGCAGCUUGCUCAUGAGGCCAAGACGAAGAAGAAGAUCUCUAAGGCCAGCCUUUUCGAGCGGUUCAAUUACAAGCCUGUUAGUGGGGGCGAAACCACAUUACCUGCUGCCAACAGCUCCAGCCGUCCCACGACACCGCAGUCUGAUGUUGAGAUGGGAGAUGCGGAUACACCUCCUAGCUCUCCACCUCUGGAUAAGCAGGAUGGUGGUCGGCUUGUCAAUGAGGACACUGCUGUUCCAACAGAAAACAUUGAGGUUGCAGCUCAACCAGGAGCCGCCGCCAAGGCAGCGAGCCUCACAACGGCAAGUGCAGAUGCUGGUCCACAGCCAAAGCCAAAGCGAAGAGUACGGGUUCGGCUGCCUGCCGUGCCCACAAACGCAGUUGCAGUCGACACGGACGACGAUCUCCAGAUUACGACCUCGGCCAAGGACAAGGUUGAUGCGCUGUUUGCAAACAUUCCUUCCAAGAGGUCAUGCGAGACACAACCACUACACAUUUUCCGUGCUCUGGCACAGGUGAAGUCACCUGGCAAGGAGAAGGGCGGCAAGAAAGACCAGUCCAGGAUGACCCCUGGUGAGCUUCAGGCUCAUUUGCAACUCAAAGCCCGCCAGCAGGCCAAAUUGGAGCGCGAUCGCCGCCUGGAGCUUCUCAAGGGACAAGGAAUUGUCAUCCAGACCGCUGAAGAGCGCGAAAGACAAGAGCAAGAAGUCGAGGACAUUGUGGCCAAGGCUAGACAAGAGGCCCAGAAGCUCAUGGAGGAGGAGAGAAGCGAGGCUAAGCGACAACAGAAGGAGAAUGGCGAAGUUGAUCCUCUUGCUUGGGAUGACAGUGACGACGAAGAAUACCAAGAUGCGGCCGAGGACGCGGAUGCGGAGGCAUCAGAGGUGGAAAUCUCCGGGUCUGAGGAUGAGGCAGAGGCCGACGGAACGGAGGAAGAUGAGGGCGCCGAAAAUGCUCUAUUUCAGGAGGAGGCUGAUGAUUCCGCCGCAUCUGAAGCUGAGACUGCUGCCCAAGACGAGGCUGAUGUGGAUGACAUGGAGCAACCAGCCGCGAGGAGACAAGGAAGGGUUCGAAACAAGGCCAUUCUAGUGCUUUCAGAUGAUGAAGAUGAAGUGGAAGCUACACCCAAACCCGUAAAGGUUACUACCCAGAUGACACCCGCGGGUGCAGGCACCAUAUCUCCUGUCGCUCCCGGCUCAGUUCUACGAUCUGCGAAAAAGACAUUUAUUCCUGGACUGCCUGUUCAGGGGCCUGCUGGGUUGGGACUCACACAGAUCUUUGCCGGCACCAUGGACAGCCAAAUGAGCGAUUGUGCCGCCAAGCCAACGCAGUCUAUGAUGCCGGAUUUCGACCACUUCCCCGAUUCCAACUUUUCAGCCACCAUGGACGAGCCCAUUGAAGAAAUGAUUGUUGAUUCUCAACAAGAGGAGACUCAAGGGGUGCAGCUCAAUCUCUCACAGUCUCAGAUGCAUGGUCUGGGAACGCUGGUUGCCAACGGAAUGCAGACUCAGCUGUCUGAGACACUGGAGCUAUCCCAGGAUGCGGGUUUGCAACAACAUACCCCUCUCCGAGACAGAUUCGUAGAUCCUCCCUUCUCAACGGUUGAGACCAUGAUUGCCGACAAGCAUGACGAGGACAUGCCCCAGGAGUCACCGGUCGUUCGCAGAGGCCGGCUUCGGCGAAGAAUGGACAUGUCCAUCGCCGAGACUGCCAUCCCUGAGGCCAGUGAGCCCAGCGCAUCCAGCGUUCGAGGCAACGCCUUCCAAGCUAUGCAGGAUGCAGCCAAAAAAGAGAAGAGGCUUCGCCUUGCCGACGAUUUCGAUCGUAAGAAGAGCAAGGCUAAAGAAAUGGUUGAGGAGCAGGCCGAAGAAUCAGAGGAUGAAUACGCUGGUCUGGGUGGCAUGGACGGCGAGGAUAGCGACAAUGAGUCCAACGGUUCGGUGGAGGAGAUGAUUGACGACACGGCUGGCAACGACAACGAUGAGCGGAAGAUAGCUGCGUUUUAUGCUGAUCGUGAACGGGCCAACGACGAACAGCAGGUCGAAAGGCUCUUCAAGGACAUCACCACCGGCAUGCUCCGUCGCAAGCGCGGGGGGGGAUUUGACCUCUCUGACUCGGACUCCGAUGGUGAGGCUCGCAAACGCAUGAAGCGCCGACAGUUUGCCAAGAUGCAGAAGGCUCUCUUUGCAGACGAGCGUGUCAAGAAGAUUGCCGAAAACCCCGGAAACCAAGCGUUCUUGCGAACCAUUGAGGACCGCGACAGUGACGAUGAGAUUGAUUUCCUGGGCGCUCUCGACACGCCGUCACAAGCGGACUCUGAGUCUCAAAACGACACCCAGGAGCAAGCUCAGCACCCUGCCACUAUCCCUGACAGCCAGCCUACACAACCACAGCCACUUUCUUCGGCAGCAGACAACACCAGAGCACCAGCAAGCAUGCGCAGAACAAAGAAUGGCAAGAGGCCCUCCGAUAUAGGAGAAGUGCGCGAAACGCUGUCCAACCUCCUCGACGAGCCAGACGGAUCCAUGAUCCCCGCGACAGAAGUUGGUUCCGACAGCGAAGAAGACGACGGCGGCCACGACUCAUCACACAGCAACAAGGAGAACCAGCCCGUCGUAGAUCGAAUCAGUCUCAAGCGCAACGCCUCGAGCACGGGCUCCGCCGUUCGCAUGGCUUUCACCACACAGACGUCGUCGUCCUUCAAGGUCCCCGCGCUGCUACGACGAGCCACCACCAACUCAACCCUCAUGUCCGGGUCGUCGGGGAGUUCCGCCAUGAGCAGCGCUGGAGGAUUCGGCGACGACGCCAAGAUCAGGAAGGGCGCGGGGAAGAAGAGCGGCAUCGGCGGCUUCGCGAGGGAGAACGAGCAGCGAGCCAAAGUGCAGGAGAGCGAGAGGCGGAGGCAGGAAAGGCGCGUGAAGGGUGCCAAGGGCAGAAUAGGCAUGGUCGGCGGCAUCUUGGGCAAGGGAACAUUCGGGUAG